GAUAACAUUCUAUUAAUUCUGUAGGAAAGCAUUUGAAGAAAUACAGGGCAUUUUGAGACGAGAAAGUAAUCGUGGCGAUGGCCCGCCAGCUGGUGAAGAAGUUGCUCCUCUGCGGAGCAAAGAGCUCUCCUGACGAGCCUCAAGAAGGACACAUUUGGGUUUGUGUUGGAGUUGAAGAGACGCAGAGGUUUGAAUUGGAUGCUCAUUUUCUCAAUCAUCCUCUGUUCGAGGAUCUUCUUAAAUUUACAGUAGAGGAGUUUGGGUAUUCCUAUGAUGGAGCUCUCAGGAUUGCAUGUGAUAUCGAUCUUUUCUCGCAUUUGCUUCAGCUGCUGAGGAGUAGCAACCCACCAGUGGAUUACAUGGAACUUCAGCUCCUUAUGGGGAGGUUAUAUGCAUGCAGGCGACAAAAGUUCCGCUAGCGUGAUACUUUUUAUUUUUUAUUUUAUUUUAGUUUUGUUGUUGGUGGUGGUGGUGGUGGUGGUGUUGGUGUUGUUGCUGGAGAUAUAGAUAAGGUGAGUAGAGUAUGCAAAUUGUCAAAAGUCACUAAAUCAAGAGUCUGAAGUUUUGAUGAACAUUGUGAAAGUACCCUAGA